UAUAGCACAGCCACUGUCUGGAAGGAUCUGAACCCAUUUUGGGGGGAAGAGUUCACCCUGCACCUCCCUCUUGGCUUCCACACACUCUCAUUCUAUGUGAUGGAUGAAGACACAAAUUGGCAUGAUGACGUUAUAGGCAAGAUAUCACUCACUAAGGAAUACAUUUCAUCACAACCAAGAGGUAUUGACAGUUGGAUUAACUUGAGUCGAGUAAAUCCUGAUGAAGAAGUCCAAGGAGAGAUCUAUCUUGAGUUACAUAUAAUGCAAGAUCAACACAAAUGUAACCUGCACUGCCAUGUCUUAGAGGCCAGAGAUUUGGCACCUCGGGAUAUCUCUGGAACGUCAGACCCCUUUGUACGUAUAUUCUGCAACAAUCAGACCUUGGAGACCUCAGUAAUUAAAAGAACACGUUUUCCUCGCUGGAAUGAGGUCCUAGAAUUUGAUUUACGAGGAAUAGAAGAACUGGAUCCUGGGGAUCAAGUAAUCAGUAUUGAAGUUUGGGACUGGGAUAUGGUUGGAAAAAAUGAUUUUCUUGGACGUGUAAGUGUGUGUCCUUCCCCUUCACAGAAUCCUGCGGUGACUGGCUGGUUUCGUCUCCUGCCAUUUGGAAACACGGAUGAGGAGAAUGGCGGUAAACUUGGAUCACUGCGUGUCAAGAUCAGCCUGUCUGAGGAACGUAUCCUGCCCUCUGUGUAUUAUCAGAACCUCAUUCAGCUCCUGGUAGAGUCUGUUCAGUCCCCUGACCAGGUGGGUGACUGCAGUCUGCUGGCUAUACUAGAAGACAUGUGUUCUGCUGAGAGCCGACAAGAAGUGGCAGUUAAGCUGGUGAAAAUAUUUCUAGGACAGGGUCUGGCAGUAACCUUCCUUGACAGACUGAAUAUGCGAGAGGUGAAUCGAACUGCUGACCCAAAUACUCUUUUUCGGUCAAAUUCACUUGCUUCAAAAUCAAUGGAGCAGUAUAUGAAGAUAGUGGGUAUGCCAUACCUUCAUGAAGUACUACGACCCAUUAUUACCCGGAUCUUUGAGGAAAAGAAAUAUGUUGAACUGGAUCCCUGCAAGAUUGAUCUAAAUCGCAGUAGGCGUAUCUCUUUUAAAGGUUCAGGUUCUGAGCAGCAGAUCCGUGAAAGCAGUGUGGAGUCUUUGAGGGGCUACUUGAGUGACAUCAUUGAUGCCAUCUUGGGCUCAGUAGAACAGUGCCCACCAGGUAUGCGUCUUUGCUUCAAGCAGCUACAUAAGCGUGUGGAGGAACGAUUUCCUGGGGCAGCCAGUCAGGAUGUGAAGUAUGCAGCCAUCAGUGGUUUCCUCUUCUUGCGCUUUUUUGCUCCUGCCAUCCUGACACCUAAACUGUUCCACUUACGAGAGCAUCACGCUGAUCCACGCACUGCACGCACUUUGCUACUGCUGGCUAAGGUAGUACAGAGUAUUGGAAAUCUUGGGCAGCAGCUAGGUCACGGAAAGGAACAGUGGAUGUCUCCUUUACAUCCUCUCAUUCAGCAAAGUGUGGGCCGCUUGAGAGAUUUCUUAGACAAACUCAUAGACAUGGAGAGCGAUGAGUGUGGACAUACAUCUCGCACUCUUUUUCAUCCAUCAGUUACUAUUAAAGAAGGCUUUUUACACAAGCGUAAAGCUGAAGCUGUAAAUCUGGUUACCCGUUUUACUUUCAAGAAAAGAUACUUUUGGCUGAGUGGCCAGACUCUAUCCUAUUCCAAAACACCUGACUGGCAGGUGCGCUCUUCUAUACCAGUGCAUCGGAUUUGCGCUGUGGAGCGAGUCGAUGAAAAUGCAUUUCAGCAGCCAAAUAUGAUGCAAAUCAUUACUCAAGAUGCUGAGACACAAGGUUGCCACAUUAUGUAUAUACAGUGCAAGAAUGUUAAUGAACUGAAUCAGUGGCUUUCUGCCCUGCGUAAAGUCAGUCUGUGCAACCAGAAUUUGUUGCCAACAUAUCACCAAGGGGCCUAUCGUAAUUCACAUUGGACAUGCUGCCUGCAAUCUGACCGAACAGUUCGUGGUUGUAGCCGGACACAUUUAGCUGUGACAUUGGGAGACUGGAGCGAUCCUUUGGAUCCAGAUGCUGAGGCUCAGGUGUUAUAUCGACAUCUUCUAUUGAUCAAGGAUAUGCUCAGGUUUGCAAAUGCUUCUUUUUAUGCACACUAUGAUAAUGCAUGUAAUUUCUUCAUUGUUUGCAUUUCAUUAAUGGAUCUUAAGUUUUCGUUGAUUUGUGGUGGCCUCCCUAAUCUCUAG